AAAAUGGAAAAUAAGGGGGAAAUGGAGGGCAAGUAGUCGAAAGAAAAACAUUAUCCCCAACUAAAGAAUGAAAUGAGUUUUUCUUCACCAAACGCAAGCAGCAGCAAGAGAAAAGCUCAAAUGGAGACAGCUCUUCACAGACACUUCCAAAGCUUCAAUGGAACAAUUCUCUAUUCCAAUUUUCAACUCUAUUGCUCAUUUAAAAGAGCAAGAGCAGCAAAGCAACAUCACAAAUUGGGAGAAUCAAGAAUAAAUGUUUCAAAGUGUUUUUUUUUGGGUGCUUCCUCUCUUCUUUGCCGUCUUUCCACUAGUUCUUCCAGACAGCAACAACAAAUCAAGGUAUUCGGAAGUAGAAGAAGAAGGAUAAAUGAAAGUAGUGAUACAUAUGUACUGUUAGAGCCUGGAGAAGAGGAGAAAUUUGUUUCCAAACAAGAAUUGGAAACCAUUUUGAAGGGUUGGCUUGAGAAUUGGCCAACUCCCCUUCCACCUGAUCUCUCACGCUUUCAGUCCAUUGAGGAAGCCGUUACUUUCUUAGUCAAGUCUGUUUGUGAACUUGAAAUUGAUGGAGACGUGGGUUCGAUUCAAUGGUAUGAAGUUCGUAUUGACUGACUCGUCGUGCAGCAAACUUUAAAAUUUGGUUAGCUUUUCUUUUCGAGUCAUUUGUUAUUUGAGAAAGGAUAAACUUGUAAAGAUUGCGCUUUUGACUUCCGUGAUGAUUUAAACCAUAUUCACAAUCU